CAACUACAAAUACCAAAGCUUGUUCUGAUCCCCAUUUCCCCCUUCGCAAAUUUUUGCAACCCACGAAACAAUCUGGCAAAUCUUGGGGGAUUAAGGCCUCGCUUGUCUCUCAAGCAAGCAGUAUCGGAGUUCGAAAACGACGACGAGCACUGCAGGCCUUGGCGCCGCCGAAUUUCUUCCUCCAUGGCGUCUUUCACCUGGGGUUCUGCUUUUAGGAUCACUCUCCUCCUUCUCCUCAUUGCUGCUGUUAUUUUUGCUUGCUUCACCCUCCCCGUCGAAAAGAUCUUGAAGGAUUUCUUAUUAUGGGUUGAGCAAGACCUUGGGCUUUGGGGACCCCUUGUGCUUGCUGUAGCAUACAUUCCUCUUACGGUCUUGGCAGUUCCAGCAUCAGUUCUUACUCUUGGUGGUGGAUAUCUCUUUGGGUUGCCUGUGGGCUUUGUUGCUGAUUCUAUUGGUGCCACCAUUGGUGCAGGGUCCGCUUUUCUUCUUGGAAGGACGAUUGGUAGAUCUUUUGUUGUUUCCAAAUUGAAGGAUUAUCCACAGUUCAGGUCCGUCGCAAUUGCCAUCCGAAGAUCUGGCUUUAAGAUUGUUCUUCUGCUUCGACUUGUUCCCUUGCUUCCUUUUAACAUGUUGAAUUACCUGCUCUCUGUGACUCCUGUUCCAUUGGGGGAAUACAUGCUAGCUUCCUGGAUAGGAAUGAUGCCAAUAACUCUUGCUUUGGUAUAUGUUGGAACAACUUUGAAAGAUCUUUCUGAUGUGACUCAUGGAUGGAGUGAGUUUUCAACUACUCGUUGGGUUUGUAUCAUAUUGGGCUUUGUAAUAUCUGUGGUGCUGAUGUUUUGUGUUACUAAAGUUGCCAAGUCCGCUUUGGACAAAGCUUUGGCUGAGAAUGAGGAUAUAGAUAGCGUGUUGGCUUCGCCUCAGUUACCCAUUGCAGCUGAUCUUCCUGUUGAUCUAAGCCAGCCUCUCAUAAUCAAGAUAGACGCAUCUGAAGAUGAUCAUGAAAAAUGAAACUCAUUUUAUGUAAAUUCUUUCCCUACAUAUUGUAAAACUAAUGCUUAGGUUCGACUGCGCUUCAUAUGUCCGUGUCAUCGUGAUCUGUACAGUGCAAUCAUUUACAAAAUGUAGGAUUGGUUAGAAGUGGCUGAUCAACAUUUGAGAUUUAUGGCUUUGUAACUGGAAUUGGAUUCAAUAAGCAUACAGAAUCAUUGAUUGUA